AUGGCCCUGUUCUCUGGCUGUCUGGUUAUAAGUGUACUGGUAUUUUCAAUGGGAUAUACUACCGUUAGCUCUGUACAGUUGUUCAGGAGCUCUGGAGUUCAAAGCAAAGAAACAGUUAAAGUCAACCUGGUAUCUGCUAUAAACAGUGAAAGAACCAAACGGUCAGACCGCCAUCUACCAGGGACCCUUAACUUUAACUUCCAAUAUGGCGGUGAUCAGGUUUCCCUCAAUUUACAGAAGAAUCAGAACGUGGGUAGUGAUACACCUGUAUUCCUACAUCGUGAUGGGGAAGCUGUGCGCAGGGAUUCGACCAAACAGACGUCGAAGGAUGUGGCGUUCUACCAGGAUGUAACUAAAGGUGCCUCUAUAAUGGUGAGGCGACCAGAGCAACCGAACAGCAAGUAUGAACUGAUGGGUACCUACUAUAUGUCUGACAACCAAUACAGUAUCGAGCCUGUUAAACCUGGUAAAGAAACCGGUUCUGGUUUUGAUUUUGUGUUGAACCAUACAAUCAGCUUACUGAAUGAACAUCUUAAUCUAAAGGAUGACAUCAUCAAAUUUGGGAGUUAUGAGAUGCCAUUAGACAAUACAAUAGAAAGAUAUAAACGUCAAGCUAGUAUUGAUAGUUCUCUGUACACAGUCGAGUUAUUGAUGGUAGUCGACAAUGCUAUUUACAAAACAUGGUAUAAUGGAAUAGAAGAAGCUGAUCCUAAACGGAGACGAGACAAAACGAUCGAGACUAUCAAGCAGUAUUAUACAUUUGUACUGAAUGGGAUUGAUGUACGAUAUGCUUCAAUUGAAGAACCCGACUUACAGAUUGAUGUUACAUUUGCUGGUAUCCUUAUCUUUGAUGACUCGCACGAAUCUUACCUGCAGAACAACUCACUACCAGGAGAUCUGGUAGAGUCAUCAGAAGCUUUGGAGUCUUUCCGGAACUGGGUUCUUAGUAACAUGACGUCACUUCCUCCCAGUGAUCAUGUGAUGCUUUUUACAGGUUUCAAUUUGACCUACGGAGGCUCUACAUCUAACGCUGGUCUGGCCUAUCUUAAGUCCAUCUGUAACCAUGAGUAUUUCUUCUCGAUUGUGGAAGAGUAUUACGAGUUUAGAGUCAUCUCCAUCGCUGCUCAUGAACUUGGACACAGCCUCGGAGCUCGACAUGAUAUGGACGAGAACACUUGCCUUUCUUUCCAGCUGUACAUCAUGACGUCACGUUUCCGGUUCCCUAGUAAAAGCAAGUCAGUCAACCCUUACAGAUUCUCGAAAUGUAGUAUCCAGUACUUUAAGGAAUUUAUUUUUUCCCUGGAAAGCUCUGGAUGGACAUGCCUGAAAAAGAAGAAUGCUGUGAAUGAUAUGAGAGAAAUUUCAGGAUAUCUGGUACAUCAGCCAGGAGAAGUUUUCACUGCUGAUGUACAGUGUCAGAACAGUAAUGGCGAUGCUUCUUAUGUAUGCAGGGAUCGCCAUAACGGUGACUUCACCAACAUCUGUAGCCAAGGGAUGUUUUGUUUUAACAAUGAACUGGGAAAGUGUUCCAAGAUAUUACCAGCUGAUGGAACUCCUUGUGGACAUCAGAAGUGGUGUUUAAACGGUCUUUGUGUCGAGGAAUUCUCCAUCAACAGACCAGCUGAUAACUGUCCAUUUUAUGAUGUACCAGCAUCUGUGUGGAGUAACGAUACAUGCGCUGAUGUGGUGAUGACGUCACCAUGGGAAUGUUAUGACCGACAAUUCCAGCUCAACUGCUGUGAUUCUUGCUUCUAUAAAUACACCAAUGUACCAGGGUGUGAGUAUGGUGAUCGAGAUGCCGACUGUUUCAAAGAACUCUGUAACGAAUACAACGAAACAAGGCGGUUGUCGGAGUGCUGUGAAACCUGUUCUGAGGUCCCGUUUCCGACUAGACCAGUUCGUACCACAACUACGAUGUCUACACCAACUUCAACGACCACCAUUGCGCCAAUGACUUAUCCAACAACCGCAAAUUCCGCUUUAUCGUCUCCCAUUCCAGCAAAAACGACGACACCGUUAUCUUUUGGUACUCCAGUAACAAAUCUCAACCAGGGAGUAACACCAUCUUAUUUAGGUGACGUCACAACCAUGUCUGGUUCUAUGACAACACAGUAUGACGUCAGAAUAGUUACGUCUGGAACAAACCCGCCAUAUUGGAAUACUGUGACGCAAGAGAAUCUAUUUGCCAGACCAGGAAAUAACUAUAACUGGUUAUACGGUGUCCCUAAUUAUGGUCAAGAUUCGACAUGGUCGCCCUUGAUUCCAGACCAGACCACCAACAGCUACAAUCCGCGGGGUGAAACACCAACUCAACUGAUACCACCUUAUCUAGGUCCACCCAAUUUUUCUGAAGAGAUAACAAAGCAUCAAGACGAUGACCUCACCCGUCAUCAGGUUCCAGACCUUUCUUUCGAGGACAAGUUCACGAAACCAACAAGCUUCGUUCGUCCAAAUAAUCCUACUAUCCAAUCGACCACUAAACAGCUUGGUUUGACCGCCAUACCACAGAAAGGUGUGACCGGUACAGAUACAGGUGUUGCUGGUAAAAGAUGGCCUCCUAUAUUUAACACAUAUUUCAAUAGAGGACUACAAGGACAGCCAUUUUAUCCCAGGGAUCAUGGUUCUUCGUGGAAUAGAGUAGAAUCUGGAGAAAAUGGACAGGCUUCUGGGGGACUUUCACGAGAAGAUGCUGAUGAUGAACCUCAUUGGAACCAAAGAGAUCGUUUCCUGAAGCAUUUACAAUCCAAGAUAGCGCUUCACAAUAGGGUUAACAUGUUCAAGUCUGAAGAGGAUGAACGGUAUUUAAAAUCUGGAUUACCGGAGUUUCUUCAGUAUGCUACAAUCAAGGGAGAUAAAUCCAAUGAAGGUCAUUCUUGGGAAGUUAAUGAAUUCUUUGAUGAAAAAGAUGAGAAGUCACAGACACGUGUUCCCUUGUUCUCUUUGAAGAAGUCAAAUGGCGGAACUAAACUUCUAGAUAAAGACAUUGUUUCCGUACCAAUGGAUGACGACACUUUAAUAGAACUGGUUCCUGAAAUUGAAGAAGCGAUGACCUCAAUACCGGAAAUGACGACACCGAUGACAUCUGAUGACGAGUCAGAUGGGCAUACUACUGAAAUACAACGCGAGAGUAUCUUGGAUGCCCCAGCCCCGGAUUGGGAAUGGAUCAGCCCUAAAGCAAAAGCUCAAUAUGAGAAAACAUUGAGGAGACGUCGGAAAAAGAAAUUCAAGCCAAAGUAUGAGAAGAAAAAUUGGAAAUCAAAUGGUGCUGAAGAGUUCGAGUCUCAAUGUUUAUCUGAGUUUUUACUUUCUGUUUAUAACGGAUGUUAAUAUGAAUUUAUUUGAAUAAAGAUAUUUUUCUGUGUC